AUGAAAAUAAAAUUCUUUUAUUUUUAAUUUACAUCACUAAUUCGUAAAUUUAUUACUCUAUUCUUAAUUAAUCAAUCAAGAAUCAAUUUAAAAAACUAAUUUUUUGUUUUUAGACUGAGAAAAGAUAUGAAUUAAAAAAAGACAUAUUUUAUCUAAAUUAAGCCACAAUUCAAAAAGUUAUGA